UGAUUUAAUGUAUUUUUUCUUUUGGAUCUAAUAUAUAUGGAUCAAGGGAAAUCAUACAAUUCUGAUUUUUCUGAAAUUUCCAAUUUGAUCUGAAAUUUUACGGGACAUUAUCUGAAUAACCAAGCUGCCCUCAUGAAGCUUAAGAUAACCUUUGUGAUUGAGGAAUGGAGUCAGUCAACCAAAGGUGGUCGUUCCACCUUCAUGAGACAGAUGGCUAUAGUGUUGUCUAGACUAGAAAAUGUAGAAAUUUGUAUUUUAAUUCCAUAUGCCAGUCCAGAGGAUAGAGAAGAUGCCCAAAAGUAUAACAUCAAGGUUUUUGAAGCUAAAAAGUAUACAGGCUAUGAACCAGUUGAUUGUCUGCAGUUUCCUCCAGAAGGAUUUAGUUCUGACUAUAUCAUUUGUUAUGGCAUUGAGCCUGGACGUCAUGGACAGGUAUUUAGGGAUAACCAUGGCUGUAAAUGGGUACAUGUGGUCCUGAGAAAUGCAGAAGAAACAGCAUUGUUCCAGAAAACCCCUGUUGCCAUUUCCAAAGGGCAGGAACAGCAUGAAACUGAGGUAGAAUUGUGUAAGAACGCUGACAUGGUUAUAACAGUUGGCUCUCUGCUUAAAGAAUCCUUUAAUUCUGCUCUGCAUCAGUGUAAGAAAGAUCAUAUAUUCAAUCUUAUACCUGGCAUUUUUGAUGAGUCUUUUUUCGAACAGCAGCAACACCGAAAUUCAAAGACCUUUGAAAUCUUAGUGUUUGGCAGAGGGAACACUGAAGACUUUGACCAUAAAGGUCUUCAUGUUGCUGCUGAAGUAGUGGCACAGCUUAAUAAGUAUGAGCCAAGUUAUAUUCUCAAAGUUGUUGGUGCCCCUGAGGGAGAACAAGAGAAACUGGCUGAGAGUUUGGAAGGCCUUGGGAUCUCUCGUAGUCAUCUGAUUGUGAGAAGUUUUAACAAAGAAAGAACAAAACUGGCUCAGGUAUUUUCAAAAGUGGAUCUUGUUUUGAUGCCUUCAGGUACAGGGGCAUUUGGUCUCACAGCUUUGGAGGCAUUGUCAGCAGGUGUACCAAUCCUUAUUACCCAUAAUUCUGGCUUGGCAGAGGCUCUAGAGGAAGUACCUUUAGGGCAUGGCUGCAUAGUAGAUCAAGAAGCUGAUUGGGCUGAACAAAUCAAGCGAGUACAAAAACAUCUGAAAACUAGAUUAGAAGGGGCAAGAAUGCUACGUGACAAUUAUAAAGAGAGAUACUCUUGGAGUGACCAAUGUGCUGCUUUUGUGAAGAAGCUUAGAGCCUUGCAUUCAGGAUGUGCUGACGAAAUGCAACAGGAGUCCCAAGGCAAAAGGCACUCAGCUCGAAGACGACUGGCAGAACGUGCUAAGGAAAUGCAACAGGAGUCCCAAGGCAAAAGGCAUUCAACUCGAAAGCAAGUGGCUGGACAUACUGAGGAAAUGCAACAAGAGUCCCAAGGCAAAAGAAGUUCACCUCGAAAGCGAGUAGCCGCAGGACAUCCUGAGGAAAUGCAACAGGAGUCCCAUGGCAAAAGAAGUUCACCUCGAAAGCGAGUAGCUGGACAUCCUGAGGAAAUGCAACAGGAGUCCCAAGGCAGAAGAAGUUCACCUCAAAAGCGAGCGGCUGGACAUCCUGAGGAAAUGCAACAGGAGUCUCAAGGCAAAAGAAGUUCACCUCGAAAGCAAGUGGCUGGACAUUCUGAGGAAAUGCAACAGGAGUCCCAAGGCAAAAGAAGUUCACCUCGAAAGCGAGUGGCUGGACAUCCUGAGGAAAUGCAACAGGAGUCCCAAGGCAAAAGAAGUUCACCUCGAAAGCGAGUAGCAGGAUAUCCUGAGGAAAUGCAACAGGAGUCCCAAGGCAAAAGAAGUUCACUUCGAAAGCGAGUAGCUGGACAUCCUAAGGAAAUGCAACAGGAGUCCCAAGGCAAAAGAAGUUCACCUCGAAAGCGAGUAGCAGGACAUCCUGAGGAAAUGCAACAGGAGUCCCAAGGCAAAAGAAGUUCACCUCGAAAGCCAGUAGCUGGACAUCCUAAGGAAAUGCAACAGGAGUCCCAAGGCAAAAGAAGUUCACCUCGAAAGCAAGUAGCUGGACAUCCUAAGGAAAUGCAACAGGAGUCCCAAGGCAAAAGAAGUUCACUUCGAAAGCGAGUAGCUGGACAUCCUAAGGAAAUGCAACAGGAGUCCCAAGGCAAAAGAAGUUCACUUCGAAAGCGAGUAGCUGCUUCUAGUUCCACUGAAGUUAACCUAGAGAAGGAAAGGGGUUCAGCUGCCAAAAAACCUAAACGUGCUACAAUUGGAGAACCUGGAACUUCUGGGGUAUCCAGCACUAGUAAGACAAGGAAGUUUAAGGAGGGAGUAGUAACUGGUGAUGACCUUCAAACACUUGGCAAAGCUAUUGGUGUCAAGUGGGAUCGACUGGCACGUCGACUACCUGGAGUUACGGAAGAUGACAUAGAAGAGAUUGAAGACAGCCGUAAGACUUUGUCUCAAAGGGGAUUUCAUAUGCUGAAACUGUGGAAAACAAACAAUGGGGAAGCUGCAGACUAUAAGACUUUGUAUAAUGCAUUAGUCCAUGAGUUGGUACAGCGGAAAGACUUAGGAGAAAAGUAUUGUUUAGAAUAAUAAUAUCUCAUAGAUAUUAAGACAUUGC